AUGGGUCGAAGAAAAAUCGCGAUCGCUCCUAUUGAGGACGACCGCAAUCGAUCAGUGACGUUUUUUAAACGGAAAGCCGGUCUAUUGAAGAAAGCCCAUGAGCUCUCUGUUCUGUGUAAAGUCGAUGUUGCGCUUGUGAUUCGUGUCAAGGACAACAAAUACUACGAGUAUGGCUCGAAAGAUGUCGAUGAUAUCCUCAAAAACUACUCAAAGGACGAGGUGAUAGAUUCUAAGCACCCUGAAGACUUUGUUGAGCCACCAAGGCGGCCAAGGUCUGCACGACAUACGCGAAACCAGUCCUCGACGUCACAACUGUCAAUGUCGGAAGACCAAUCUGAUUCCAUGGAUGAGGAUGAUAGUCACCACGAUAGUAGUGUCGAUUUACAGAGUCAGAACGAGGCAGCGUGGACUACUCGAGCCAGAAUGAGCCGCCAGGCUCAUGAGCGACAACAAAUUCCGGGAGGCCAGUCGGGACGACCCGGAAGAGCAAGUGCUGACAGCUCUCCGCAAUCAAUAGGAGGCAACUUACCGUCAGCCAGUAUCAACACGCAUAGAAAAACUCGCAGUAGCUCUGCUACGCCGAUGGGGCGUCAAAGGGCACCAGAGUCGAGAGGAAAAUCGCCCAUGUUACAAGGUCAACCGGAUCUUGGGUCCCCAGCGUUGGUUCCAAGGCAACAGUUUGAUCUUAGACAUCCUCAAACAGGAGCCAAAAUGCCUCCACAAAUAAAGAGUGAACCGGCAGGAAAUUCGCCUUUAACGGCUGGACCUUCCCCUCAGAUGCAACAACACCAACAAACGAUGAUGCAGUCCCUUCCAACUCCGGGAGUUGGGUUCCGUCCAAAGGAUCACCAAGUACAGCAGGGACAAGCUGCCCAACGGCAGUAUCAAAUGGCACGAUACGCAAUGGAACAGCACGGCUACAGUGACGGCCAGUCACCCAACCUGACAGGUGGUGCACGCCCUAAACUCAAAGUGGAGAUCCCGCAGGAUGUCGUCAACCGGUCAGGAGGGGCCCCUGGAGGAGCCGCGGGUAACUGGGUAGACAACUCCAUAUCACCGUCGGGCUAUUUAUUGUCCAGCCAGAUUGUUCCCGAGCCCGCAAGUAGGCUGCCAUUGGGCAAUGGCGAGAAAACGCCGCUUUCUGCAAGCCUGCCGUCUCGCUAUCUCAACGAUAUGCUACCGUCACCAUCCAACUUAUUUACAAACGACUGGGGUGCUCCCUGGUCGGGCUUACCAGAGUCUGCCGGUGGUAGAAGACAAGGCCAGCCAAUGGGCGGCCAGCCUUCUGCAGGGGGCCAGACUCCAUCUAUGGGUAUGCCUAGUGCGCUUCCCGGACUCACUCCUGGAGGGUUUAGCACUACGGCAAGAGGUAUAGCAGGAGACGCGGCAUUAGCAAUGCAGGCGGCCACGCAACAGUAUCAAAACCAGCAGGUGAGACAACACCAGCAACAGCUACAGAUGCAAAUGCAACAGGGCCAAAUGUCGAUGCAAAUCCCCCAGUCACCCCCAAGGUCUAUGGGUGUGGGCAAUGUUGGAGGUCAGCGAAGCGAGACGCCUCCGACGAAACGACAUAAACCAAACUGA